AUGACCAUCGCGCACCUCAGCCUUGUCGGCCUCGCAGCACUUGGGCGGCUGGAAUCAGCCUUCACAGAGGCUGAGCGGCAUGGAAUGAUUGAGUGGAUCUACGAGCAACAAGUACACCCAGCCACAUCCAACUCAACCUCCAACAGCAGCAGCUUGGGAAUCUGUGGGUUCCGUGGUGGCAGUCUUUUCGGGCCGCAUAAUUCCGGCACCUACGAGGCCAGCAAUCUGGGCAACGUAGCAUCAACGUACUCUGCGCUCUCCUCGCUAUUACUGCUCGGCGACGAUCUGGGUAGGGUCAACCGACGGGCGAUCAUUGGGGCACUGCGGUAUCUUCAGCUACCCUCGGGGUCGUUUGCGCCGCAUUUGGGGACCACCGAGAGUGACCCAAGGUUUAUCUACUGCGCCUGCGCAGUGUCGCGUAUUCUCGGGGACUGGUCCGGAGUAGACCAAGGGGCAGCCACACGGUAUAUUGUUGGGUGCACCGGGUACGACGGUGGUUUGUCGCAGGCGCCCCUGCAGGAAUCCCACGGAGGGCAUCUCUACUGCUGCAUUGCCAGUUUGGCGCUCAUGGAUCAGCUUGACGCACUGCCGGAUCGCCGGCUGGGCGCUUUGAGGCUCAACCAGGGGUACCAGGGAAGGAUUGGGAAAUUGCCGGAUGUUUGCUAUUCGUUCUGGGUCGGAGCCUCUGUGGAGAUCUUGGGCGGCCAUGAGAUGGUUGAUCCGAGUGGGUUGGAGGUUUUCACUUUGAGCUGUGAGGCAAAGUAUGGCGGUGUGGCAAAGUGUCCCGGGAAUCAUCCGGACCCGUUGCAUGCUGCGCUGGGCAUUGUUGGCUUUGCCUUUUUCAGAGACGAGCUUCCCCGCAUGGAGCCGAUGCUAUUGCUGCCAGAGGAGCUUGUGAGGGCGAAAGUGCCUGUGUAA